AAAACUCAAAAUAAGUUAAUAGUAAUAGAGAUAACCACAUAAUAUUAUAUUGUUAUGAAGUACAUUACGACAUAUUAUUAUAAUAAUUUACCCUGAGAAAUCGUUCUUAGAUUAAAAUCGUCCCAUAGGAACGAAUCACUGAAAAAUUGCAAAUUAUACCGCCAACUUUACGAAAGACCUGUCGUCGUUGUAAUGAGAUAUUUUGUAAGUUACCGAAUAGGACUUGGGCAUGCAAGCGGAGUUCAGGACAAUAAUAUGUUGGUAGGUAUAUUUUCUAAGCACUCAACAAACGUUCUAAGACGUCAAACACUCAACAGUGGUGUAGUCAUUGGGAAAACAAGACUAAACGGCUUUUCAGUAAAUUUUGUAUUUCACCGGUAACAGUAAAUUCCAUAGAAGUGCAGAAGUCUACUUUACUAUGUGUUCAUUAUGUCUAUGGUGAAUACCGAGCUCCCGUGUGGUAGACCAAUUUGUGACGGACGCGGUUACGAGUUGUCAAAUAGAUGUUUAGACAAGUCUUAUAAUGACUGUGGCAAUGUUUGGCGCCGAAGUUAUAUUUGCUUUUAUUUUAACUACAGUGCUCCUCGACCGUUAUGGCAAUUGGAAAACUCAAAAUAUCGUUGUUACAACGGCUGUGCACAUUUCUUGGUGUUUUUCCCUUUUAAUUAUCUUCGUUCUUCCCAUCGAUAUAUCUUUGUCAGCUUAUCGUAAAUGUGUUCAAGAUGGGCCUAACGAUAAUACUACAAUUUCUAUUCAUGUUUCAUUGACCUGUGAGAAGCCCUGGAGUUCUGUGCCAGGUUCUACGUUAUCAAUCAUGUGGAGGGUUGUUUAUUGGACUUCUCAAUUACUAGCGUGGUUUAUUAUGCCAGUUAUGAAACACUAUGUGGAAUCUGGAGAAUUUACAGUGAAGAACAAGUUGAAAAAUGCUAUUAAAAGCAAAACUCUUUAUUAUAGUAAAUUAUUGUUAAUUGUUACAAUAUUUAUAACUUAUGCUGCUCUUACCCCAGGAGUGUAUUUAGAAUGGCAAACAUUAAAGGCUACUGCAUCAUCUGCUAGCAAUACAUAUGGAUUGUUUCAGUUAAUAUUAUUGUUAGGUAUUGCAUUAGUUGAUAUUCCAAGAGAAUUAUGGCGAUCUAGUCAAAUUGAUUAUACAUUGAGAAAAGUAUACUUCAAACUGUCAAAACUUUAUACCGAAAUGUUAGAAUCCGAAGUAGAUUUAGAACAUGUUCUUGAAUCAAUAAAACUGGUUAGUAUCAGUAUGAGUCCAAAUGAUGUGUUGUAUGAUUAUUUUCAAAUAAUUUUGAAAAAAGUUCCUAAGGAUCAACAAUGUUUUUUGAAAAAUGAGCAGUCUAAAUAUCAUACAUCACCUCCUUCGAUUGAUAUGCUAACUCAACUUCAUGAACAAUUGAUUAUUGCCGUGGCAACGUAUCAUCGUACAAAAACGCAGAGCAGUUUAAUGAUAGAAAAAGCUAUUUUCUUAGAAGAUAUUAAUUCAAACAUGACAUCUAAAGAACGAAAGUUUAAAAAAAUGUUCAAUAAACCUUCAAAAUUGAAUAGUUAUGCAGCUACAAUUGAAUGGUAUUGGUGGUGUCGUUUACACCCUAUGAUGCUACAAGUUUUAUCAGUCAUUACUGGCGUGCUAUCAGUUAUUAUUGUAUGGUCUGAAAUUACAUUUUUCAAGAAGCAACCAGUGCUCUCUAUUUUUGCUUUAAUGGUCAAUGUGGCAAAACAAAACAAUAAUUAUGUUUUGAUACAAGUAAAGCAUAUAACAACUUUUAUUUGAAAUUGUGUGUAAAUGUUGAUUUUUAAUUUCCAC